AUGGCGACGACAGGGCUAUCAGCUCCAAGCAAUGAAGCUGCAGGCUCCUCAACAACAAGAGAAAGCACAAGUCCCUGGGCCAGCAAAUAUCGCGGCGCCGUAGUAGAAGACCUCGAUCCCUCCGCCGCCUUCUCAGUAAAACCCACUACGCCAGUAUUCGAAGCCAUGAUGUCUGCGCUAGAACGCGACUAUGACCAUUUGACCGUGAUCGACGAGCACAAAACUCUCCUUGGCUACAUGUCGGUGCCGCGAUUACGGCAGCUCCUUGAGACCAAGCAGUUUCAAGAAUCAGAUCCGGUCGAGAAAGUGAUGCAGAAAUUCCAGAGGAAAGGCAAAAAGUAUAAGCUGAUUACGAUGGAAACACCCCUUGAAGAUUUGGAGGCAUUCUUUGAUGGGAAAUUUGGUGGACACAAGAGUGACUUUGCGGUGGUGACGGAUCCCGGGAGGAGGUUUGUGCUGGGCGUGGCAACGAAAGAUGAUUUGAGGAAGUUUGCGGAGAGGAGACCGAACUGA